AUGCUACAUCACAAAACUAUACCGAAUUCAGACCCAAAACUCUCUUCUCCGCUCGACUCUUCUGACAAAGAAAACUUGUCCAUUGCUAACAAAAGGUCAAGUCCUCGAUUGGCUUCUACUCCAAAGUCAGCAGUUAUUAAAUCCUCUGCUAAAUCUACUCCAAAAUCAACUACUACUAAAUCCUCCGUUAAAUCUACUUCAACAUCAGCAGCUACUAAACCCUCCACUCAAUCUACUGCAAAAUCAGCAGAUACUAAAUCAACUCCUAAUCGUACUUCUCUUUCUAUAGUUCGAAAGCUCAGAGCUGGUCUUGUCAUAGAUUCUACUCCUACUACCCCCACUCGUCGUCCAUUACAGUCAGGCCAGGAUGAACUAGAACAGCUUGCUAGUCUUGUUGGGGAUGAUUUUCCUACUCCCUCUAAAUCAAAACUUUAUUCAUCUACUGUCAAUUCCACGUCUGAUUCUCCAAAUAGUGUCCGGACAUUGUUUGCAUUUGAACAAGCGCGAUCACUAACAAAGUUUAUGAAAAAACAUACUGAAACUACUCAGAUUUUGACUCAGACCGCCUCUAGCGAACCUACGCAGCCUGACUCCCCCUUUAUUUCAAAACGAAAGAUAGAUUCUGAGUCACCAGAUGUUCAACCAUCUGCUUAUAGACGUUCCUCAAGAAUUGCCACAACCCCAAAAAGUUCUGGUGCUCGUAUCAUUGUAGAUUUAUCCCAAAAAGUCAAAACCCAAACUCCAAAUGCCACUCGAGUACAAAGAAAGCUUGCUGCUAACCACCGUCUUAAAUCUGUUACAUGCUCAGAAAAAUCUGAUUUAUCCUCGGAAGCAUCUAUCACCAGUGAAGAAAUGAGUGACGAUGACGACUCGACUACCAACAUAGCUGGAAAUGCAUUUGUUGAAGCUCCUAUAAAUCAUGAUAUUGCCAUUAUAGCUGAUCAUACCCAUGAAAGCGAUGAAGAGGGUCUUUGCGAUACUGCUCAUGAUGGUUUGAGCCUCGAUGUCGAUCAAAUUUAUUCCCGCUAUUUCCGCGAGCAAGUCAUGUCUAAAUCUUCUACAUCCAACAAUACUUUAUCAAAACUACCUGUUCUUGAGUCAAAAAGGUUUUACGAAAUUUUGGCUACUGUCCAAACAAAGCAUGCAAAAGAACUCGAAUUGCUUCAUCAUCGUCACCAACAGAGGUUCGGACAAUGGUCAUUUGAACUACAUCAAGGCUUUAAUAUGCUGUUUUAUGGAUUUGGAUCUAAACGAGAUCUUAUUGAAGAAUUUGCUGUACAAUGUCUAUCCGACUAUCCAAUCUUGAUUGUAAAUGGGCUGUUUCCUACUAUUUCACUAAGGGACAUUCUUUCCAAAGUUCUCAACGAUGUUAUUCAGCACGAUGGUCAGUGCGGAUCACUUUUUGACCAAGUUUCACACAUCACAUCCUAUUUCUCAUCCUGCACCCGCCAAAUUGACAGAUUAUAUCUGGUCAUUCACAAUAUCGACGGCAUUAAUCUUCGCAAUGAAAAAACCCAUACUGCCUUGUCGCGUUUGGCUGAAUGCAGAAAUAUCUACAUGCUAGCAAGCGUGGAUCACAUCAAUGCCGGUUUGCUCUGGGAUACUGUAAAAAUGACUCGGUUCAAUUGGCUAUGGCAAGAUGCAACCACUUUUGCUAGCUACAUUGAGGAAACCAGUUUUGAAAACUCGAUGAUGCUGCAGCAGUCCGAAAUUGGUCUUCAACGGACUUUGCAGGUUCUGCGCAGUCUUACUGUCAAUGUGCGCAAAAUCUAUCGCAUUUUGAUUGACCACCAAAUUACUGCAAACAAUGAGUUGGCUGGUCACACAUCAAAAGACGAUAUGGAUCAAAUGGAUGAGGUUGGGCAACCUAAAGCGAAACAAGGGAAAAAGCUAGCAAAAGCUUUGCCAUUUAAAUCGCACCUUGUCACCAAAACGCAUUCCAAGAAAACUGAUUCAUCAAUAUUUCCUGGCUUAUCCUUUCAAUUGUUUUAUCAGCAGGCAAACGAGCAAUUUUUGACAAACAACGAAACUACUUUUCGUACUCAGCUUACUGAAUUCCGGGAUCACAGUAUUGUCAAGAUGCGUACUGGAUCGGACGGUACUGAGAUGUUGUAUAUCCCACUUGCUACAAGCGUUCUUUGUCAGCUGAGCGAAGAUUCUGAAUGGUAA